AUGUCAGCAACGAUCUCAACUCCGCUAUACCCGGGCAUCGAUGUCGAUGAAGAUUUAGGCUCUCGUAUCAACACCGUAUGCGGGGCCAUGAUAGGACUGUCCUUUUUUACACUGUGUCUUCGUUUCUUUUCCAGAUGGUGGACCAAAGUCGCCUUUGGAAAAGAUGAUUGUUUCAUCGUUAUUGGUGCCGUAUUUGCGUGGGCCUUUUCAAUAUUUUGCAUCGUCCAGGUUCAACAGAACUUUUACGGUCAGCAUGUCGGAAAAUCAGACAUUCGACAUAUCAAGGAUUUCAUGAAAGCGCUUUACGUUUUAACAAUCCUGUACCUCCCAUCGAUGACUCUAAGCAGGCUCUCUUUGCUUACUUUGUACUGGAGGAUAUUUGCAAAUAGUAAAGGAAAAUGGCCAAUAAUCAUAGCAAGCGCUCUGAAUAUUCUGUGGAUGAUAAUUGUGACAAGUCUCGCAAUAUUCAGCUGCAAUCCAAUUCAUGGAUUCUGGGACAUUGAUAUCAAAAGCAAAUGUCUUAGUCCUACCAAUAUAUUUAUUUCUACCGAAGCGUUUACAAUUGGACUAGACCUCAUUGUUCUACUAAUGCCAGUAUAUUUUAUAAAAUCUAUCAAGAGAUCUUUGUCCCAAAGAAUCUCAAUCAGUAGCACAUUUCUUGUCGGCAUAAUUGUGACCGUAGUGUCUUGCGUGCGAUUAUGGAGGCUCGUUCGUGGUUUGGCUCUCCCUGGAUUUGAUCCCACAUUCAACGAAGUAGAUGCCGGUGUUUGGGGGUCUGUGGAGCUUAACGUCUGGGUUCUUGUCGCUUCAGUUCCAGCAUUACGACCUCUCUUUACAAAGUUAUUCACGAAGAAGCAAACUGGUACUUCUGGUGUUUCUCGAACUUAUGUGAAAAGUGCCUCACGUGGAGUUAAAGCAAGGUUUGGACUGUCCAAGAGUAGCACGGCAUUUUCUUUAAGUCAUGAAGACCCGACUGACGAUUUUGAUACUCUCGUAAAUCCCCAAAAGGGUGGAAAUGGUGUAGCUUCUGCUAUCAGUGCAUAUGAGCUGAGUAACAUCAGAGAUGCAAAGCACGGUACUAUUCGAGUUGAUCGGGAGGUAGAUAUCUCUGUACAGAAUUAA